AUGUAUUUCAAUGCUGCACACUCUGGAACCAAUACACAAGACGGCUCUGAUGCCGAACCCACCGGUGCGAAGGUCAUUGUCCUCAUGGGAAUGACUGGCACUGGAAAGUCAUCGUUCAUAAAGCUUCUUACUGGGGAUGAAGGUGUCAAGGUCGGAGAGACCCUCGAACCCGAAACUAGUGAAAUCAAGAGCUUUCUAUUUUUUCACAAUCACCAAUGCGUGUCCUUGGUCGAUACACCUGGUUUCGACGACAGCCGACCAAACAUGAGCGAUUCGAAACUUCUUGACGAUAUAGCUGAGUUCUUGAAAAGGAGACACCAUACAAAGGCCGUGCAUGGUUUUAUGUACUUUCACCGCAUCCGCGACGUCCGCGUUGGUGGCGCCGCAACGCGCAACAUUCGUAUGUUUUCUUCUCUUUGUGGACCCGAAGCCAUGAAGAAUGUCGCCAUUGUCACCACAAGAUGGGACGAAUUACAUGGUGAACAACAACUUCAGGCCGCGGGGAAGACCGAGAAGGAGCUCCUCGGCCACCAUUUCGAAGAUUUCAUCGACGGUCAAGCCCAGGUCCAUCGCCACGACAAUACUCUCGAGUCCGCACAGGCGGUCAUGUCUUCUCUCCUCCGCUGUCCGCCUAUUGGCGACAUUCGAGUAGUUGUUGAAAUUCUCCAUGGUAAAACCUUGCCUGAAACUGAUGCAGGUCUCGAGCUCAAGGAACAGCUGGUUCAACUCGUGAGUCAUUACGAGGAUGAGCUCAAGCGUCUGUCCAUCGAGUUCCAAGCCGCUAUUAAAUUCAAUAAGGAGGCCCAUGAGGAGGAGGUUGCGAAGUUGCGAAUGGAGCUUGAGAAGGUGAAGAAAGACCACGAAGCCUUGUUGGGGAAAGCUAAGCGCAUCCACACCGCCCACAUCAACCUUUAA